AUCUCUGGUUUCUAACUGUAUUCCACAUCGCAGCCCAUUUGUGGCAGAGAAUGACGCAUUAGCAAAGAUGAUUUCUUUCUCAACCUUAAGGCCGCCGAGCCCGAGCCUCCGUCCAGCACCGCUGCCCUCUUCACUUGCCCGACCUCAGCCCAAUCUUAAAUCACUCCCUUUACCCACUACUCAAGCCUGUUCUGCCUCAGACGACAAGCCUCAGCCUCGGAAGCUGAAGGGAAGCUCUCAGCUUAACCGGUGGUCCAGGGCUCGAGCAAUCCGCUCUGGCCGUAAAUUAGACCGCUCAGGUCAGCGGACUCAGGUGGCCGAGCUCAAUUCCCCACCUCAACAAUCCAGAGAAAGCGAAUUGAAAGAAUCUAGUACUGUAACAGCGGGCAAUAGAGAUGAUGAAGGCGUGGAUGUCACAGGUGGGAAGUCCAUUUACAUGGUUUCCGACGGCACUGGAUGGACAGUUGAGCACUCCGUUGGCGCGGCCUUGGGACAGUUCGAGCAUUGCUUGGUCGAUCGAGGUUGCUCUGUAAAUACUCAUCUGUUUUCAGGGAUUGAUGAUAUAGAUAGUUUAAUGGAGAUCAUAAAACAAGCGGCCAAAGAAGGUGCAAUGGUAGUUUACACUCUGGCUGAUCCUUCCAUGGCUGAAUCAGCUAGACAAGCCUGCAAGUUAUGGGGUAUAUCAUCUUCUGACAUAUUGGGUCCAAUAACUGAGGCGAUUGCUUCUCAUCUUGGAGUCUCGCCCUCUGGUCUUCCCCGUGGAGCUCCAGGAAGGAGCUUACCCCUUUCUGAUGAAUAUUUUCGACGGAUUGAAGCCAUUGAAUUCACCAUCAAGCAGGAUGAUGGUGCCCUGCCCAAGAACUUGUACAAGGCUGACAUUAUUCUUGCUGGCGUUUCUCGUACUGGAAAGACACCAUUGUCAAUUUAUUUGGCACAAAAAGGAUACAAAGUGGCAAAUGUGCCUAUUGUAAUGGGUGUUGAAUUGCCAAAGAGCCUUUUUGAGGUUGAGCCUGGGAAGGUUUUUGGUCUGACCAUUAAUCAUGUGAUCUUACAGACCAUUAGAAAAGCAAGAGCUAGAAGUCUUGGGUUCAGCCAGGAAGUGAGGAGUAACUAUUCAGAGAUGGACUAUGUUAGAGAGGAGUUGGAAUAUGCUCGCAAGAUUUUUGCACAAAAUCCUGUCUGGCCAGUAAUAGAAGUGACAGGGAAGGCGAUAGAAGAAACUGCAGCAGUUAUACUAAGGUUUUAUCAUGAUCGUAAACACAAAUGUUCAAUGCCACGGAUCUCCAAACGUUAUUAGUUUGGCAAGUCAGGUGUGCAGAGGUGAGUUUUGGGGACUGUAUAGGAGGAAGCUGUUCUUUGACCUGACCUGUCUUGUUAAUAAUCAAGGAAUAUUGGGACAUGCAGCAAGAGCGUAGCAUUUUAUGUAUCCUGUAAAUAUCAUAUUCAUACUCCUUACCAUCCAUAUUAUGUAUCACUGUAACAUAGCCAUAUAUUGCGUCUGCUGAAGUUGAGUCUUUUCUUUUGGGUCAAGUAGCUGGACGCAUUAAUUACAUAGUAACAUGGUAGUCUGUAAUUAAACUCUGAUACAGAUAGUUUCUGCUUCUUCUCUUCCUCUUAUUCAGAAAAUUAUCUGUGAAAACAAAUUGAUCAAGCAAUGUUAAGUGCCUACAUGGCAGAUUCAGCAUAA